GGGCCGAGAUCACAAAACACCGCUCGCCCGCCGACGCCUGGCUCAUGAUCAACAACAAGAUUUAUGACGUCUCCGGCUGGCACGAGCACCCCGGCGGCGACGUCAUCUUCACGAGCGCCGGCGACGACGCGACGGACACCUUCGCGUUGUUUCACGCGAACGGCACGUCGAAGCACCUUUCCAAAUUCUUAAUUGGUUCUCUCAAACAAGACGACCGCGCGAACUGGCCCGACCUGCGGGAGAAGGGCCAGGACCAGCUCGACUUCGAGAAGGGCUACCGCCGUUUAAAAAUGGAGAUGCGUAGAGAUGGCCUCUUCGAUUCUUCCCUAUUAUACUACAUCUACAAGAUGUCGACGACGCUGAUGAUUUGUCUCUUCAGUGCUUGGCUCGUGGCGGCCCACUCGGAAGACACGUAUAACCACUUCGCGGCGCGGUGCUGGGGCGGCGUGCUCAUGGGCAUCUUCUUCCAGCAGUCCGGCUGGCUCUGCCACGAGAUUUGUCAUCAUCAGUGCUUCAAGAACCGGAUCCACGGCAAGUUCCUGGGCUACUUCUGGGGCAACUGCGCCCAGGGCUUCUCCGUGGCCUGGUGGACGAACAAGCACUGCACGCACCACGCCGUGCCCAACGUCCACGGCGACGAAGGCUGCCAGAACGGCGAUCCUGAUAUUGAUACGAUGCCUCUGUUGGCUUGGUCUCGUUCUAUGUUGGCCAAAGCGACCACUCCAUUAUCCAAGAAGCUGGUCAAGCACCAAGCGCUGACGUACUUCCCGUUAUUAUCUGUCGCUAGAUUAUCUUGGUUGCAACAAUCGUUAGCCUACGUCUUCCCGGCCUUCGACACGGAUGGUUCCAGAGGAGGUAGGAUCAUCAAAGGGAGCAACCCGCCCAUGGCCAUGCCCAUCCCCUACGAGUGGAUGGAACGUCUUUCACUUAUUUUGCACUACGUGUGGUACUUCGCUGUUGCGUAUUCUGCCCCGUCACUCACGGAUGCACUACUAUAUGUAGUGCUGUCCAACGUCUCGUGCGGUCUCUCGUUAGCGUUAGUGUUUGGCCUCGGCCACAACGGUAUGGCUGUGUAUGACGCCGCUCAUAGACCGGACUACUGGAAGCUGCAAGUUACUACGACGCGCAACGUCACGCAGGACUCGCUCGGCUUCGUCCACUGGUUCUGCGGCGGCCUCGACUAUCAAGUGGAACAUCACCUCUUCCCGACGAUGCCGCGCCACCACCUCGCGGAGUGCAACCGCCGCGUGCGCAAGUUCUGCAAGGACUACGGCGUGACCUACCACGAGACGACGAUGUGGCAGGGGACGUUAGAAGUCUUAGAACACCUCCAGGACAUCGCGAACGAGGUCAUCGAGGACUUCCCGGCCAUGUAAUAGGCGGCGCCUCUCCACUCCCGUAGCGUAAGUUGGGAGAUCGUAGUCUCGUCGACGGCGUGCUGGAUGCGCCGCGUAGCUCGUGGCCAUGCUUCGACGGCGUUCCCGUCGAAUCCCGAGGUGUGCGCGGCGGCCCGCGGUCCGCGGUCCACGCGUGUCGCUCGCGCGGUGUCGUCUCGUAGCUCUCCAGUUCACGGCGCGCGGGAGAGCUCGCGGCGCGCCCGAAGGCUCUGCCUCAACGCGAGCAAGUCAGCUGAGGUUGAAGGACCGUCGGACAUAGUCUGCGACAGCUUUUCGACGCCGUGACGGGCCGCGCUCAGAGGUUAGAAGCUGCUUUGGAAGACGCGGAGGCGCGGCUCGCCGUGGCCGUCGGCGCGCGCGAUCGAGAUAGGGCGGCCCUCGAGGACGUGCGACGCGAGGCGGCCACGAUGCUGAAGCACUGCGAGGAGGUCGACGCGGCGCGCGUCGAGGCGACGAAACGCCUCGCGGAGCUCGAAACCUCGUCGACGGCGUUAACCGAGCGCGUCGACGCGCGCGAGGCGGCCCUGGCGGCUUCGGAGGCGACGAGGGCCGACUUGGUCGCUGGUGCCUCGUUACAAACUAAGGCCGUGGCGGACCUCUCGGGAAAGCUCGCCGCAUCAAAAGCGCAGGCGCGGGCCCAGGCGGAGGCCCUGGAAACGACGUGCGCGCGCGAGGCCGCGACGCAGCGGAGGAAUGCAGAGCUCGAGGCCGCCGGCGCGGACGUCGCGGCGGCGCGGGCGCUCGGGCGCGCGGACGUGGCGCGGGAGCGGGACGAGGCCGAAGGGCGCUGCGCGGCCGCCGAGAGGCGCGCGCUCGUGUUGAAAGAUUCGGUAACAUCGUUUGAGCACGACCUCCUGGCCGCGCGGGCCGGGACCGCCGAGUUGACGCGCGAGCGCGACGCCGCCGUCGAGAAGGCUUCUGUAUUAGAGCGCGAGCUCGCCGCGGCCAAGCAAUCGGCGAAGUUCGGUGCCGGCCUCGCCGACGCUCACGCGGUGGCCCUCGCGCGCGCCUCACAAGCGGAGCGCCAGUACCAGGAGGCGGUCGCGGGCUCGGCCUUGCAGACCCAGGCCCUCGCCGCGGCGUCGGCGCGCGCCGACCGGUCCGAGGCGGCGCUGACGGAGUUGGGCAAGGCGGCGGCGGAGCGGGACGCGUUAAGAGCCGAGCUCUCCAAGGCGCGCGAGAGCGCCGCGAAAUUUGGGGCCGGUUUGGCCGACGCUCACGCCGUAGCACUACAACGAGCGACGGCCGCGGAGCGGGACCUCGCACAAGCGCGAACGACGCUGGCGCGGACGCCGUCGGAGGACGCGCGACGGGCCUUCCACUCGGAGCUGGAGUCCAUCCGCGAGACGGCGCGCGAGCGCCUCGUCCGGGCCGAGGCCGCGGAGGGCGAGCUCGCGUCCAUGAAAGCCGUCUACGCCUUGGGCCUCGCCGACCGCGACGCGAAGCUCCGGGACCUCGAGGCGACGCUGCGCCGUCUACGCACGCAAGCCGCGCCGUCGUCCGUCGCCGUCCAGAGCGAGCUCGCGGCCCGUGAUAGAACAAUUGAUGCGUUGCAACGGGAAUGUACGCUGGCCCAGGCGGCCCUCGAGGCGGCGAAUGCGGAGGUGGCCGCGUCGAAGGCCGCGCAAAGGCGCGACGGGGCGGAACUCGCCGAUGCCCGUCGAGCGUUGCAAACACCUAGAAGUUUCCUGCGCUCACCUUUAGAUGAUGAACUCUCGAGGGAGCGGUCCAUGCGCUUAUCCAUCGAGGCGGAGCGCGACGAAUUACUAAGGACGGCGCGCAACCUGGCGGACGCCGUGACGCCCGGCGCGUAUGAUGGAGACGACGAGUCGUCCCUAGACGACCCGCCGUCCUUGAUCGAGGAGUUGGAAAGCGCGCGAAAAAGAGCCAUGGACGACGACGCGCGCGUCCGAGAAGAAGUGUCGGCGCUCAAGGCGGCUUUACGACGGUCGGAGUCGUCGCUUAACGAGGAGGUGGAAAAACGUGAAGCGGCGGAGCGGGAGCUCCAGCGGGCGGCGGAGCGGCGGCCGUCGACGCCGUCGGAGAUUCGCAGCGAGCUCGAGGGCGUCAAGGCGGCGGCGCGGUCGGCGUUCGGCGCGGUGCGCGCGCUGCGGGCGCGGAGUCCCGUCGAGUCGGACCCGGAGCGGGCCUUCUACGCGCGGGAGGACCGGCGGGCCGCGGUCGCGCGGCUCGACGCCGCGGAACGCUCGCUCGCGCCCGACGCGUCUCCGUCGGAGCGAGCGGCCGCGCGCCUCGAUGCCGCGGAGCCGGUCCUCAGGCCGGCGGCGUCGCCCCGGUUCAGCGAGAUCGACCUCGACGCUGAUGGCGCCGUGCUACUGGACUCCGCUUCUUCGGAGGAGGAAGGCGACCCUAAUGAGCCCUUCGCGACGCCCGUCCACAACCUGCAGGCCGCGACGGACGCGUUCGCGCGCCUGCUGGCCUCGGCCGAGAGCGCCGUGGCGGCGGCCGAGAAGGAGCCGACGCCGCGCACCGUUCGCGCGACGCGGGACCUCAACCCACAGACCCGUGAUUUGCUGACCUGGGGCCGCGACCGGCGAUCUAUGUCUGUGGGGACGGCGCCGGUCCGGCCGGCGCGCGGUCCGCGCGAGCACGCACCCUCGCCUCAGCCUAGACGCGUGACGCGGAACGUCGUCGUCUCGCCGACGACCGUCGUUGAUGCUGCUAGAAUCCAGCGCGCGCGGAUGCUGGGCGAGCUGUGCUACACGAUUCCCGGGUCGGAGAAUCCUGCUGACAGACGUCGGGCGGAGCGGUUUGCGACGCAGUAUCUGGGGGUGACGGCGGCGUAA